AGGUCCACACGGCGUUCUGCUCGGGGGGAGCUCAGGAUGGUGGAGGUGUUACUGCAGAGCUAGCUUGUCUCCAGCACCAGAGCUGUGAAAUGUGUGUGACCUCGGAGCUGACCUUCAACUGCAGCUGGUGUCACGUCCUGCAGAGGUGCUCCAGUGGCUUUGACCGGUACCGUGAGGAGUGGCUGUCCUAUGGCUGUGGUCAGAAGUCAGACGAGAAGACCUGUGAGGAUUUAGCAGAAGACAACCACUAUUCAGCACCUCCUGACAGCUCUUUCUCACUCCUGGACGAGGAUGUCACCACCUCCACGUCCUCGCUCUUUGUUGACAGCCUCACCACGGAAGACGACACGAAGCUCAGUCAGUAUGCAGGAGGUGAAGGCGUGGGAAGCAGCCUCCCCCCCAGGAGAGCGGGCACCCCCAUCCACACGGGCACCAUCGUGGGCAUCGUGCUGGCGGUGCUGCUGAUCGCAGCGAUCAUCCUGGCUGGGAUUUACAUCAACAGCCACCCCACCUCCAACGCCGCCCUCUUCUUCAUUGAGCGACGGCCACACCGCUGGCCUGCCAUGAAGUUCCGCAACCACAGCGACCAGGCGGCGUACUCGGAGGUGGAGCCGGGCAGCCAGGAGAAGGAGGGGUUUGUGGAAGCAGAGCAGUGCUGA